ACUAUAGGCAAUUUCUUUGGAAGCAGAGCCCAUUCCAAAAUUAAGAUGAAAAUCUUAAAGUAUGAUUGUGUCUGUUGUUUCAUAGGGUUACCCACUUUGUUUGGUUGCUUAAAUGUAAAUUGAACGACACCGCGUGCGUUGCAGCAGCCUCCAUCUUUCUCGACUACUGAUUGCUUAGAAGCUAUACUCUCAUGGCCGCUAAUUUGCAACCGACGCAACCAUCACUCUCCUCUAAGCCAUCGAACAAAAAGGGAAAGGGAAAGAGAAAAAGAAAUGCUCAAGACCCGGAACUCGACCAGCUCGAUUCACUUCCGUGGAACCAGUCUCUUUCAGAGGAUGAUCCCUUCUCUGCCUUUGUUGGCUCUCACGAGCUUGAAGGAGGUUUUCUUUCUCUUGAAGAGAUUGAUGAGGCUGGUUAUGGUUUAGAGAUUCCUAAUGUUGACGAGGGAAAGCCAGGGAGAAAUGUAAAAUCAAAGAAACGGAAGCAUAAUAAUGCUGACGAUGGAACUGAAGAGAAAGUGGAGGAAGAAGAGAAGACUGGGGAGAAUGAGGAAAAGAAAAAGAAGAGGAAGAAGAAGAAGAAGAAGAAAAAUAAGGCAAAGGAAACCCAGAAAAAUGAAGAACCCGCGGCCGUUAGCAAUGGAAAGGAUGAGGAUGAUGUUGAUGGAGAAUUGGUUGAUGAGACUGAUUUUCAUGCAUGGAAUGAGCUGAGACUUCAUCCUUUGCUCAUGAAAUCAAUAUAUAGGCUUGGGUUCAAGGAGCCAACACCAAUACAGAAAGCUUGUAUUCCUGCUGCAGCUCAUCAAGGGAAGGAUGUUGUUGGUGCUGCAGAGACUGGUUCUGGAAAGACGCUUGCUUUUGGUUUGCCCAUCUUCCAACGUCUUUUGGAGGAAAGAUAUAAGGCUACAAAAAUGUUUGAGGAAAUGGGUGAUGAAGCUGAAAAGUUUGCUCCAAAAUGUCUCAUGCGGGCACUUAUCAUCACUCCUACAAGGGAGCUUGCACUUCAGGUAACUGAUCAUCUUAAGGAAGUGGCUAAGGGUAUUAGCAUUAGGGUGGUUCCUAUUGUUGGGGGAAUGUCAACAGAGAAGCAGGAAAGACUCUUAAAAGCAAGGCCUGAGGUUAUUGUUGGAACUCCUGGUCGAUUAUGGGAACUUAUGUCAGGAGGAGAAAAGCAUCUUGUUGAGUUGCAUUCAUUGUCUUUCUUUGUGCUGGAUGAAGCUGAUCGAAUGAUUGAAAAUGGACAUUUCCGUGAGUUGCAGUCAAUAAUUGACAUGCUGCCUGCGGCCAAUGGCUCCGUUGAAGUUGAAGGCCAAUCUCAAAAUGCACAAAGUUGUGUGACUCUGUCAACCUUGCAAAGAAAGAAAAGACAAACAUUUGUUUUUUCUGCAACGAUAGCAUUAUCUGCUGAUUUUCGCAAGAAGCUAAAGCGUGGUUUGCUAAAAUCAAAGGAAGAAAAAACUGGAGGAUUGAAUUCUAUAGAAACUCUCUCUGAACGUGCAGGAAUAAGAGCUGAUGCAGCCAUCAUUGAUCUGACAAAUGCAUCAAUCCUGGCACAUAAGCUUGAGGAAUCAUUUAUUGAAUGCAGGGAAGAAGAUAAAGAUGCUUACCUAUACUACCUAUUGAGUGUUCAUGGACAAGGUCGCACAAUUGUUUUCUGUACAUCAAUUGCAGCUUUGCGCCAUAUUUCUGCCCUCUUGCGCAUUCUAGGAGUACAUGUUUGGACACUGCAUGCUCAGAUGCAGCAGCGAGCUCGUUUGAAGGCAAUUGAUCGUUUUCGCUCAAAUGAACAUGGUAUACUUAUUGCUACUGAUGUUGCUGCCAGAGGCCUCGAUAUUCCUGGUGUUCGAACUGUUGUUCACUAUCAGCUCCCACAUUCAGCAGAAGUUUAUGUUCACAGAAGUGGAAGAACUGCUAGAGCUUUUACUGAUGGAUGCAGCAUUGCUUUAAUCUCACCUAAUGAUACCUCAAAAUUUGCCUCUUUAUGCAAAUCUUUUGCAAAGGAAAGUUUUCAGAGAUUUCCUUUAGAGGAAUCAUACAUGCCUGAGGUGAUAAAACGAUUGUCUCUUGCACGCCAAAUAGACAAGAUUAUGCGGAAAGAGUCACAGGAGAAGGCAAAGAAAACCUGGUUUGAACGAAAUGCAGAAUUGGUUGAGUUAAUUGUGGAGAAGGAUGAUAGUGAGGAUGAAAGAGUGAACAAUUAUAAGCAAAAGAAAAUCACCUCCAUGCAAUUGAACAAAUUACAGCAGGAGCUCAAUACAUUGCUUUCGCGCCCAUUGGAACCAAAAUCAUUUUCACAUCGUUAUUUGGCAGGGGCUGGUGUUUCACCUCUCCUGCAACACCAGUUAGAAGAAUUAGCUAGGCAAAAUAUGGGCAAUGAUUUGGGAGGUAACAAAAAAAGGAAAUUGGUGGUUAUUGGUCAAGAUUGUGUGGAGCCACUUCAGGCACUCCGAAGUGCUGGUCAUGAGGUGCGCGUGGAUGUGAAGGAGAUGGCAGAAAAACGAAAAAGUAUGGAGAAUUUGAGGAGGAAAAGAAAAGAAGAGAAGAAAAGAUCAAGAGAUCAGCGAAGGAGGCAGAAGAAGAACUUAAAUCGAGAUAAUGAGUAGAAUAGCUAUAUGAAAGUGUCUUUCCCUUUCAACUUGCAAUCAAUUUGAGGGUGUAGAGGAUCUCUUCUUAUACCUCAAAAGAAAUACACAUAGCAAACGCAAUGUUUUUCGAUGUAACAUUUUGUGCUGGACAUAAAAGUCUAAGCAUGUGUAAGCCAUUGAAUUUGUAAUACAGUAUGUGAUCAACCAAUGAGCUAAGAUUUAGAAUUUAGGAAA